AUGGACAGGAACUACCCCAGCGCCGGCUUCGGGGACCCGCUCGGCGCCGGGGCGGGAUGGAGUUACGAGAGGUCAGCGAAAGCUAGCUUGGUCUAUGGCAGCUCCAGGACCUCGCACCCCGAGACGGACAUCUUACACCGCCAGGCCUACGCGGCCCCCCACCCACUGCAAAGCUAUGCCACCAACCACCACCCUGCAGGCCUCUCUGGACUCUUUGACACUGGCCUUCACCACGCGGGCUCAGCUGGGCCCGACGCCUCCGUCAUGAACCUCAUCUCCGCCCUGGAGUCUCGGGGGCCCCAGCCUGGUCCCUCUGCUUCGUCUCUCCUCUCCCAGUUCCGCAGUCCUUCCUGGCAAACAGCCAUGCACACGCCAGGCCCUACGGAGCUCUUCAUCUCGGGUGCCCUGCCAGGUUCCAGCACCUUUCCGUCUUCCUCUGCCCUGUCGGCCUACCAGCACCCGGCUUCCUUUGGCAGCCGUCCCUUCCCAGUGCCCUCAUCCCUGAGCCUCCAGGAUCCCCCAUUCAGCCCACCUGCUAAUGGUCUCUUGUCUCCUCAUGAUGUGUUACACCUAAAGCCCUCACAGGCACCCACAGUGCCCUCCUCACUGGGCUUUGAGCGCCUGGCAGGGGGUGGUGUCCUUGGUCCGGCUGGUCUUGGCCCAGCCCAGACACCCCCUUACCGCCCUGGUCCCCCAGACCCACCGCCACCUCCCCGCCACCUCCCCACUCAGUUCAACUUGCUGGCUUCCUCUUCUGCUGCGGCAGCUGCUGCCGAGCAGUCCUCCCCACAGCUCUACAACUUCUCGGGUGCUGCUCCUGGUCCGCCGCCGCCUGAACGGGCCCUGCCCCGCCAGGACACUGUCAUCAAGCACUACCAGAGGCCAGCCAGUGCCCAGCCCCCACCGCCCCCACCACCAGCUCACGCCCUCCAGCAUUACCUGAGCUGUGGUGGUAGCUACCCUUCUAUGGGGCACCGGGCCAACCUGGCCUGCAGCCCCCUGGGUGGUGGGGAGCCCUCCCCAGGAGCUGGUGAGCCGAGCAAGGCUGGACCAAGUGGAGCCACGGCUGCGGCAUCGGGCCGGGCCACUGGUCCAGAGGCGGCGGGGGGAGGUGGUGCCGGGGCUGGUGGUGGGGGUUACCGCCCCAUCAUCCAGUCUCCCGGUUAUAAGACAGGCAAAGGAGCUUAUGGAGCAGCUGCAGGGGGGGCCACUAGGCCCCCACCGCCCCGCUCAACUGCCACACCCAAAUGCCAGAGUUUAGGGGGACCAGCAGCUGCCUAUGCCUCUGGGAAAGCCUCUGGGGCUGGCGGAGCCGGGGGCCAGGCAUACUCCCCUGGUCAGCCUCAAGGGCUUUUGGGACCCCAGGCCUAUGGGCAAGGGUUUGGAGGGGGGCAGGCACAGGACUUGAGCAAAGGCCCCAGCUAUUCUGGGGGUCCCCAACAGCCCCCCAGCGGCCCCCCUCCUACUGGCCUGGCCACAUGUCAGAGCUAUUCUCCGGACCAGCUACAAGGGCAGCUCUAUGGUGUGCAGGGUGAGCCGUACCCAGGGCCAGCUGCCCACUCUCAGGGCCUGCCCACCGCCAGCCCCUCACUCAGCUACAGCACCGGCCACUCGCCGGCACUCUCCGGCCACGGAGGUGGCUGGGGCCCCAGCUCCCUGGGCGGGGGCGGCGAAGCCAGCCCAUCUCACAUCAUUCGGCCACUGCAGUCACCGCCUGCCACCGGCCGCCCGCCUGGAGUCGCCUCUCCUGGAGCUCCCGGCAAGUACCUGAGCUCAGUGCUGGCCUCGGCCCCGUUCCUGGCGCCCCCGGGAGCUGGUACCUAUGCGGCUGGAGCAGGUGGCUACAAGGGCAAGGGAGACGGCUCCGAGCUGCUGGCGGGCCCUGGAGGGCCACCAGCCGAGCGCACAGAAGAUGAGGAGUUUCUGAUCCAGCACCUCCUGCAGGCUCCCAGCCCCCCUCGGACCUCAGGGGCAGACGGCUUGGUGGGCGAGGACGGGCCAGCAGAUGCCUCCAAGGGACUUGGGGGGGGUGGCGGGGCUGGGGGCCCUCCGGGCACACCCUACGAGCUAGCCAAGGAAGACCCCCAGCGGUACCACCUACAGAGUGUCAUCCGCACCAGUGCAAGCCUGGAUGAGGGAGCAACAGCCGCCCUGGAGCUGGGCCUGGGGCGGCUGAAAGAGAAGAAGAAAGGGCCAGAGCGGGGUGGUGAGACCCCAGAGGGCUUGGCCACAUCUGUGGUCCACUACGGGGCUGGUGCCAAGGAGCUGGGGGCGUUCCUGCAAAAGAGUCCACCUCCUCCACCAUCCUCGGGCCAGCCCGCUCAGCCUACACCCCACGGCCUCCUCUUGGAAGCCGGGGGUCCCGACCUUCCACUGGUGCUGCCUCCGCCUCCACCCCAGCUGCUGCCGUCGGUCCUCAGCCAUGCCCCCAGCCCCUCUCCUGGUGCCCCCAAAGUUGGCGUCCACCUCCUCGAGACAGCCGCCCGGGAUGGAGCCCCCCAGCCUCCGCCGCCCCCACCCCCGCCCCCCAUUCCCCUCCAGCUGGAAGCCCAUCUCCGCGGCCACGGCCUGGAAGGUGCCGCCCCCAGCCCGCGCCUGCGCCCCGAGGAGGGCCUGGACCCCCCAGGGACCAUGCAAGAACUGCUGGGGGCCCUGGAACCACUGCCUCCGGGCCCCGGUGACACCGGCGUGGGCCCCCCAAACGCAGAGGGGAAGGACCCAGCAGGCGCCUAUCGGAGCCCCAGCCCGCAAGGCCCCAAGGCGCCCCGCUUUGUGCCCCUCACCUCCAUCUGCUUCCCGGACUCGCUGCUUCAGGACGAGGAGCGGAGCUUCUUCCCCACCAUGGAGGAGAUGUUCGGGGGAGGCGCAGCUGACGACUACGGCAAAGCCGGGCCCCCCGAGGAUGACAGUGACCCCAAGACAGGCGCUGGGCCUCCGCCAGGUCCUCCAGCCUAUGACCCCUACGGGCCCUAUUGCUCAAGUCGGGGUUCUGGAGGUGGCCCUGAGACGCCGGGGCUGGGCCUGGACAAGCCCCCGGAGCUGCCCUCCACGGUCAACGCUGAGCCCCUGGGUCUCAUCCAGAGUGGGCCCCACCAGGCUGCACCGCCGCCGCCGCCGCCACCGCCACCCCCGCCGCCCACCUCCGAACCCAAAGGCGGCCUGACCUCGCCCAUCUUCUGCUCCACCAAGCCAAAGAAGCUGCUGAAGACGUCCUCCUUCCACCUGCUGCGCCGCCGGGACCCUCCCUUCCAGACCCCCAAGAAGCUCUACGCACAGGAAUAUGAGUUCGAGGCCGAUGAAGACAAGGCCGACGUGCCCGCGGACAUCCGCCUGAAUCCCCGCCGCCUGCCCGACCUCGUGUCCAGCUGCCGCUCCCGCCCAGCCCUCUCGCCGCUCGGGGACAUCGACUUCUGCCCGCCCAACCCUGGCCCCGAUGGUCCCCGCCGCCGAGGCCGCAAGCCCACCAAGGCCAAGCGCGAUGGGCCACCCCGGCCUCGUGGGAGACCCCGCAUCCGCCCCCUCGAGGCCCCCAGCACGGUGGGACCGGCCUCUGCAUCCACGCCCACCGAUGGGGCCAAGAAACCCCGGGGCCGAGGCCGAGGCCGGGGCAGGAAGGCCGAGGAGGUGGGGGCGAACCGGCUGGAGCCCCUGAAGCCACUUAAGAUCAAGCUGUCCGUGCCCAAGGCAGGCGAGGGCCUGGGUGCCUCCUCGGCUGAUGGCGUGGCAGGCGCUGACCACAACAGCCUGGAUUCGAGCCUGACGCGGGAGAAGAUCGAGGCCAAGAUCAAAGAGGUAGAGGAGAAACAGCCCGAGAUGAAGUCAGGCUUCAUGGCCUCCUUCCUGGACUUCCUCAAGUCAGGAAAGCGCCACCCGCCGCUGUACCAGGCCGGCCUGACGCCCCCACUUAGUCCCCCAAAGAGCGUGCCACCCCCGGUGCCCACCCGAGGCCUGCAGCCCCAGCCCCCCGCCACGCCCGCGAUGUCACAUCCUCCACCUGCCGGCGCCUUUGGGCUGGGGGGCGCCCUGGAGGCUGCUGAGAACGAGGGUCUGGGGCUGGGCUGCCCCUCGCCCUGCAAACGCCUGGACGAGGAGCUGAAGCGAAACCUGGAGACUCUCCCCUCCUUCUCCUCUGACGAGGAAGACUCUGUGGCCAAGAACCGGGACCUGCAAGAAAGCAUCUCUUCGGCCAUCUCCGCCCUUGAUGACCCUCCUCUCGCCGGGCCCAAGGACAGCGCUGCCCCAGAUGGGCCCCCUUUGGCCCCUGCAGCUGCAGUUUCCGGGCCACCUCCUCUCCCAGGCCUUCACAGUGCUGGUGGCAAUGGUUCACCAGAACCCCCACUGCUGGAGGAGAAGCCGCCGCCCACUCCACCGCCUGCCCCGACCCCUCAACCACCACCACCGCCACCUCCACCACCGCCGCCGCCGCCACCAGCCCUGCCGUCACCACCCCCACUGGUGACCCCCGCACCCAGCUCGCCACCUCCACCUGCACCACCUCCGCCGCCGCCACCCGCACAAGCCCUGCCUUCCCCGCCCCCGCUGCCUCCGCCGCCGCCACCACCACCACCUCCACCAGCUGCUGCCCCUCCCGAGGAGCCCGCCGCCCCGUCCCCCGAGGACCCCGAGCCGCCGGACGCACGGCCCCUGCACCUGGCCAAGAAGCAGGAAACGGCGGCCGUGUGCGGGGAGACGGACGAGGAAGCCGGCGAGAGCGGCGGGGAGGGCAUCUUCCGAGAGCGGGACGAGUUUGUCAUCCGGGCCGAGGACAUCCCUUCCCUCAAGCUGGCCUUGCAGACCGGGCGCGAGCCCCCACCCAUCUGGCGAGUGCAGAAGGCCCUCCUGCAGAAGUUCACGCCGGAGAUCAAGGACGGACAGAGGCAGUUUUGUGCCACGAGUAAUUAUCUGGGCUACUUUGGCAACGCAAAAAAUCGGUACCAGCGCCUGUAUGUGAAAUUUCUGGAGAACGUGAACAAGAAGGAUUACGUGAGGGUCUGUGCGCGGAAGCCCUGGCACCGGCCUCCCGUGCCCAUUAGGCGCUCAGGACAGGCCAAGGGUCCCACCUCGAGCGGGGGCAGCUCGGUUCCUCCCCCCAAAGCCCCAGUGCCAGCCCCUAAACCUGACACCUCAGAGAAGACAGCCGCUGAGAAGCCCCCAGAGCCGAUGCCCGAGACCCCCGCUCCCGAGCCCCCGGCCCCCGAGAAGCCAUCCCCGCCCCGGCCCGUGGAGAAGGAGAAAGAGAAGGAGAAGGAGAAAGAGAAGGAGCGGGUCCCACGCGGGGAUCGUGCCCUGCGCAGCGAGAGGGCCGCGGGCGGGCGGCAGACGCGGCCGGAGCGAGGCCUCGCCGCUGGGCAGCCCACCGCCUCCCGGCUGCCCAAGGCCAGGCCCACCAAGGUGAAGGCCGAGCCGCCCCCCAAGAAGAGGAAAAAGUGGCUGAAGGAGGCGGCGGGCAAUUCCUCAGCAGGCGGGGGUCCACCCGGCAGCUCCUCUGACUCAGACUCUUCCCCGGGAGCACCCAGCGAGGACGAGCGUGCGGUCCCCGGGCGGCUGCUGAAGACGCGGGCCAUGCGGGAGAUGUACCGGAGCUACGUGGAGAUGCUGGUGAGCACCGCGCUUGAUCCCGACAUGAUCCAGGCCCUGGAGGACACGCAUGACGAGCUGUACCUCCCGCCCAUGCGGAAGAUCGACGGCCUUCUGAAUGAGCACAAGAAGAAGGUCCUGAAAAGGCUGUCGCUGAGCCCAGCCCUGCAGGAUGCCCUACACACGUUUCCACAGCUGCAAGUGGAACAGAGUGGGGCGGGGUCCCCCGAGGACGGGGCCGUGCGGCUGCGACCGGCCGGGGAACCUUAUAACCGCAAGACACUCAGCAAACUCAAGAGGAGUGUGGUCCGAGCGCAGGAGUUCAAGGUCGAGCUGGAGAAGUCAGGCUACUACACGCUCUACCACUCGCUCCACCACUAUAAGUACCACACCUUCCUUCGAUGCCGGGACCAGACCCUGGCCAUCGAGGGCGGCGCCGAGGACCUGGGCCAGGAGGAGGUGGUGCAGCAGUGUAUGCGGAACCAGCCGUGGCUCGAGCAGCUCUUCGACUCCUUCAGUGACCUGCUGGCCCAAGCACAGGCCCACAGUCGCUGCGGGUGA